AUGACCAUAAGACAGAGAACCCAACCGGUUGCUUCUAUUCCAGCUAAUAGGAGCAAGGAGGAUGGAUCAACUACCCCGACCAAGUUUACUGACGGUGCGUCAGAUGAAUUCGAAUUCGGUGGUUCAUUCGGUGCUGCGCUGUUGAUGACGGGAUUUCCUUUGUUGAUGUGGUACAUGUGGAUCGGUGCCACGUACUAUGAUGGCAUGCUUCCUAUGCCUAAGCCCAACCAGACCUGGGCUGAUUUUGGCCGUCACCUAUGUCAGCUGGUCUACGAGGGAGCUUAUCCAAGCGCGAAAGCCUGGGCGAUAUACUGGACAUUCUUUGUCCUCGAGGCACUCAUGUAUUGCUACAUGCCCGGUGUUUCGAAUUUCGGCCGGCCAUUGAGGCACGAAGGCGGCAAGAGGCUCCCCUACUACUGCUCCGCUUAUUGCAGCUUCUAUGCGACGCUCGCCAUCGCUGUUGUCCUACACGUUACUCGUGUAUUCCCUUUGUACACGCUGAUUGACGAGUUUGGACCUAUCAUGAGUGUCGCUAUCCUCUCUGGCUUCUUGAACAGCUUCAUAGUCUACAUCCAAGCUAUCGUGCGCGGCCGAACCCACAGACUAUCGGGCUCUCCAAUCUACGAUUUCUUUAUGGGCGCCGAGCUGAAUCCCCGCAUUGGAAUCCUGGACUUCAAGAUGUUUUACGAAGUCCGGAUCCCGUGGUUCAUUCUCUUCCUCAUCACCUGCUCCGUGGCUGCUCGCCAGUACGAAACUUACGGCUAUGUUUCGCCCGAGGUAAUCUUCUUGGUGGUGGCACAUUACUUGUAUACCAAUGCGUGUGCCAAAGCUGAGCAGAUGAUUAUUACCAGCUGGGACAUGUAUUUUGAAAAGCUAGGCUUUUUGCUCACCUUUUGGAAUAUGGCCGGUGUGCCCUUCACAUAUUGCCACUGUGCUCUCUACUUGGCCAACCACCACCCAUCCGAAUACCACUGGAAUCCUUACGCUCUCGCAGUGUUCUCUGCUCUGUACAUUUUCUUCUACUGGAUGUGGGACAGUGCCAAUGGUCAGAAGAAUGCAUUCCGCCACAAGGAAAAGGGCCAGCUCAUACAACGGAACACAUUCCCUCAAGUGCCGUGGCAGGCUAUCGAGAAUCCCAAAACCAUCCAAACGGAUGCGGGCGACCAUAUCAUGGUCGAUGGCUGGUUUGCAAUUAUCCGAAAGCCAAACUAUGUUCCUGACAUGUUUUUCUCUAUGUCCUGGGGUCUGAUCACCGGUUUCAAGAGCCCGUUCCCUUGGUUCUACUUCAUUUUCUUCAUGGUUAUGAUCAUCCAUCGCACCAACAGGGAUAUCAACAGAUGCCGAAGAAAGUACGGCGAGGCCUGGAAGCGCUACGAGAAAGAAGUCCCCUACCUGUUCAUCCCAUAUGUCAUUUAA